AGAUUUAUUUUAAAUUUCGACCUUGCCGUUGGUUGGAAUGGAUGAAAAUAAUGGUAUGGACGAGCUCGUCCGCGUGGCGGAGAAUAUCCCGCAAAGGCCGACUUCAACAGAUUUGGGUGCCAUCGAACAUUUGAGGGAUUUGCUGAAAUCGAAGCGAUUGGCUGAAGUUCAGUCCUGGCCGCAGCAGUCGAGGAACAAAAGUCUUGUUGCCUUAUUUGAGUGUGCUUUAUCCGCCGAUGUUUCUGCAAUAAAAUCCAACGAAGGGAGAGUGAGGGAAAGCUUAACAGUGCUGGGUGAGACGAUCGAAGUCUUGCUUGACGCUCUGACGCAUCAUGAAGCUAUUGAAUCAGUUGGAGCAUAUCUCGUUGGUUUCAUCAAUCACCCGUUUCCCCCUCUGCGGAUUGUGGCGUUGAAUCGGGUGAAGAAAGCAGUAACCGAGUCGAACGUCGUAUUACCGCCGUUGAUCCUGAAAUCUUGCGCCAGCUGUUUAGCUGAUGAAGAGCUUAGCAUUGCCGCAGUAGCCAUUGACAUUUUGUCUGCUCCAGCCAGAAGCCAAGAAGGUUUACGCGAACUUCUUGAUGAUCCUGAUUUGGUGGCGAAUCAGUUGUUGAAGAUAAUGAACCAAAACGAUACUGUCAAAUUCCGAGUUUUUGAAUGGGCAGUGAAAGUUUCGCAGCAUUCACCGGUAGCCUUGGAUAGAUGUGCGCAAUUGGGAUUCCUUGACAAGCUUCUCGAUGAGUUUCGGCGGGAUGAUGUUCUGUCGCAGCUCAAUUCGCUUCAGCUGCUCACUGAUUUAGCAAUAACACAACAAGGUUUCGAGUACCUUCAAGAACAAAAUAUUUUUCAAGUUCUUGACGCAUCUGUGAAAGGGCAUGAUAGUCCCAUGGCGGUUUUCAUAAUUCCAGGUCUUAUGAAAUUUUUCGGAAAUGUAGCCGCUCGUAAACCAGAUGUCGUUCUUCAUCGUUACACGGGCUUCGUUGAAAGCUUGUUCUCAUGUUUAACGAAUGGCGACUUUGCUUUGCAAAGCGUGGCAUUGGAGACUGUGGCGCACAUUGGAUCGUCAAGAGAUGGGAAACUUGCUUUACAAAAGAACGGACUGGAUCGUUACAUUGGCUCGAUUUUUAGAGUUGCGGAAGCGGGAUCUGCUGAAAGUCGUGUUAUUGCGCUGCAGUGUAUUGCUCAAUUGAUUUCUGUCAAGGGUAUGGGUGUACCGGAUGGCGAUGAAGCGUUGGAAGUCACGAAUUCGUGGUUCCGUCUGCUCCAACAAAGUCCCAUGUCGAAAGUAGUGUCCUUGUGUCAGCAACCAUUCCCUGAUAUUCGAAACGCCGCUCUCAGGAUUUUGGAAGGGGUUGCGAGUCAGCGCUGGGGGCUGAUGAGCAUCAACAGCUCUCCUGGGUUGAUGGAAUUCUUGAUUGACCGUGGACCAAUCAAGGAUAAAGCGGGAAAGGAGGCGAAGUUUGACAUCGUUGAGACAAUAGUGAAUCAUCCCGAUUCCAAUGAUAUCUUCGGUCAGGUCAAAAUGGCCGCAUUGAGAAGAUUCUAUCGCGAAGGACCUUUUUUUGUUGCUGUACAAGCCGAAGUUGCUCUUGAAGGAGAAUGAGUUCUUUUUUUUCGCUAGCUAAGGUAAUGAUGUAUGAUGCGAAAAGUGCAAACCUGUGACUGCUGUUUGGUCUUGUUUAAAGAAUAAAAUGAACACGUUCCAAAAUA